CUAACGAGCUAGUUAGCUGCCAUAACAGGCAAGCAAAUGUGUACCAUUUGGAAAGAUGGAUUGAACCGUGCCUAAAGAGUGAAUUAGAAAGAAAUUUGCGUUUACCUGCUGUUGAUUACAGCACCAUGUUGCGUGUCGGGAGUAACGUUAAAGCUACAUGCAUGGCCUGCAGGAACCUGGUUUCCACUAACAUGGGGGUGAGAUUUCGGGUACCGCUGCAGAAGCUGCACCCACUGUCCCGUGCCAUCCAUCACCGCUACUCGGGGAACACCAACCCUCAGCGAGCCCCUCAUCGCACGGCAGCCCGCUAUUACACCUCCAUGUCACGGUUGCCCAUGCGGCCUCCCAAGCCUCCCCCAGGAUUAGGGGGCCGUAGCUACCAGCAGCACCGCAACUUCUGGGUUGCCCGCCUCGCUGCCCGGUUGCUGAGGCUCCGAUACAUUCUGCUAGGCUCGGCGGUGGGAGGAGGAUACACCGCCAAAAAGACCUAUGAAGAAUGGAAGGACAUGCUGCCUGAUUUUAGUGAAUACAACUGGGUCAUUCCUGAUUUUGUCUGGGAACUGAGUGAACAAAUUGAUCUUGAUAAACUGGCCAAAGCCCUGCCAGAGAUGGAGGAGAUAGCCAAACUACUACCUGACCUGGACAAGAUAGGCGAAAACUUCACUUUCCUCAAAAGCCUCUUGUCCUCUGGUGUGAGUUUGGGUAGUGAAGUCAAAGGAGCUUCUGGUCUGCAUCUGUUGUUAGAAACCUCAGGCGAUCCGCCACUAAAAGCCACAGAUUCCUCUGCUGCAGCCACGCAAGAUGGCAGCGACAAGCAGUACAAAAAGGGUCUGCUUGGCGAGCUCAUUCUUAUUCAGCAGCAGAUCCAGCGGCACGAGGAGGAGGUCCGGCGGGCCGCAGCAGCCCAUAAUGCGCGUCCCCCACCGCCAGAGCCUGCUCCCAGUCCGCCUCCGAACCCCAGCCCCCCUCAACAGAAACGCAAGUCAUCAGACAAAGAAAAGGUAGACCAGCUUCAAGAGGAGCUGCUCCGUACGCAGCUAAAAUAUCAGCGCAUGCUGGAGAGACUGGAGAAGGAGAAUAAAGAGUUAAGGAAAGUGGUGCUGCAAAAAGAUGAUAAGGGCAUUCACCAAAGGAAAGUGAAGAAAUCCCUUAUUGACUUGUAUUCCGAAGUUCUGGACAUCUUGUCUGACUACGAUGCCAACUACAACACACAGGACCACUUACCCAGGGUGGUUGUUGUUGGGGAUCAGAGUGCUGGGAAGACCAGUGUGCUGGAGAUGAUAGCCCAGGCCAGGAUCUUCCCCAGGGGCUCAGGAGAGAUGAUGACCCGCUCUCCUGUUAAGGUAACGCUAAGCGAAGGCCCCCACCAUGUUGCCAUGUUUAAGGACAGUGGCCGAGAGUUUGACCUUACCAAGGAGGAGGAUCUUGCUGCCUUGAGGCACGAGAUUGAGCUGAGGAUGAGGAAGAGUGUGAAGGAGGGACAAACAGUCAGCUCUGAGACAAUAUCCCUGAGUGUGAAAGGCCCCGGCAUCCAGAGGAUGGUACUUGUUGACUUACCAGGGGUCAUAAGUACGGUGACCGCAGGCAUGGCAUCAGAUACUAAGGAAACCAUCUUCAGCAUCAGCAAGGCCUACAUGCAGAACCCCAAUGCAAUCAUUCUUUGUAUUCAGGAUGGCAGUGUGGAUGCAGAGCGGAGCAUUGUAACAGAUUUGGUUAGCCAGAUGGACCCCCAGGGUAAGAGGACCAUCUUUGUCCUGACAAAGGUGGACUUGGCUGAAAAGAACCUGGCCAGCCCGAGCAGAAUCCAACAAAUAGUGGAGGGCAAGCUGUUUCCCAUGAAGGCUCUGGGUUACUUUGCUGUAGUCACAGGAAAAGGGAGCAGCGGUGAAAGCAUAGAUUCCAUUAAAGACUACGAGGAAGACUUCUUCCAGAACUCCAGAUUACUGAGGGACGGCAUGCUGAAGGCCCACCAGGUGACCACAAAGAACUUGAGUUUAGCCGUCUCUGACUGCUUCUGGAAGAUGGUUAGGGAGUCUGUUGAGCAGCAGGCUGAUGUCUUCAAAGCAUCUCGCUUCAACCUGGAGACAGAGUGGAAGAACAACUACCCUCGUCUGAGAGAACUGGACAGGAAUGAACUCUUUGAAAAGGCCAAAAAUGAAAUCUUGGAUGAAGUCAUCAGUUUGAGCCAAGUGACCCCACAACACUGGGAGUCCAUUUUGCAGAAGAAGCUGUGGGAACGUGUUUCCACCCACGUGAUUGAGAACAUCUACCUGCCUGCUGCCCAAACAAUGGACUCCGGUACCUUUAACACCACUGUGGACAUCAAGCUCAAGCAGUGGACCGACAAGCAGCUUCCACACAAAGCACUGGAGGUUGCCUGGGAGACACUGCAAGAAGAGUUUGCCCGCUUCAUGGCUGAAUACAAAGGCAAAGACCAGGACGACAUUUUUGACAAGCUGAAGGAGGCCGUGAAGGACGAGAGCAUCAAGAGGCACAAAUGGAAUGAGAGGGCCAUGGACAGCCUGAGGGUGAUCCAGCACAAUGCCCUAGAAGACCGUUCCAUCACAGACAAGCCCCAGUGGGAUGCAGCCAUACAGUUCAUGGAAGAAACCCUGCAGUCUCGCCUCAAAGACACUGAGUCAGUAAUCAGCGAUAUGGUGGGUCCAGACUGGAAGCAGAGGUGGCUGCACUGGAAGAAUCGCACACCAGAUCAGCACAUUCGUAAUGAAACGAAAAAUGAGCUGGAACGUUUGCUGAAGCUACACGAUGACCACACGGCCUACUUGGCCAAUGACGAGGUCACCACAGUCAGGAAGAAUCUGGAGGGACGAGGGGUUGAAGUCGACCCUGUGCUGAUCAAGGACACGUGGCACCAGCUGUAUCGCCGACACUUCUUGCAGAACGCGCUGUCCCACUGUAACCUCUGCAAGAGAGGUUUCUACUACUACCAGAGACACUUUGUUGACUCUGAGUUGGAGUGCAAUGAUGUGGUACUGUUCUGGAGGAUCCAGAGGAUGCUGGUCAUCACAGCCAACACUCUUCGACAGCAGCUCACCAACACUGAGGUGCGCCGGUUGGAGAAAAAUGUGAAGGAGGUGCUGGAUGACUUCGGAGAAGACAUGGAAAAGAAGACCCAGCUCAUCACUGGUCGUCGAGUCCAGCUGGCCGAGGAUCUCAAGAAAGUUCGUGAGAUCCAGGAGAAACUUGAAGCCUUCAUAGAAGCUCUCCACAAGGAAAAAUAAGAGAAACAGAACUAUUGAAAGUAAAUUUAUGGAUCACAGCAGAGAAAUGCACUGAACAAAGACAACUAAAUCUGUAAAUGACCGUCAUCACCCUGGCCCUGCUCCACCACUCAUCUGAUUUUAAUACACACCGCUUGGCUUCCUGUCCCCCUUUGAUGCUGAUGGAAAGACUGACCUUAACAGGAUAAGAUGGAGGAACAGUUUUCAAGCUUUCUCUUCCAGGUUCCUCUUUUUUUUUCUUGCAAACUGUCCUGGGACUUCUGCUGCGGAGCCCAAACACCAUCAGAUCAGGAGGAAAAUGAGAAGCUUGCACAGUGUUGUCAGACAUCUGACCACUCAUUUUCAAUAAAUGAGGAUGGUACAUGUUCAUCUCCCCAGUUUUGUUUUGUUUUUCCUGCUGAUAGUGUCUGUGUAUAUGUGAUUAUAAGAGUGUGUGUCUCCACUGAUCACUGUACCAAGAAACACCCUUGGCACUGUUCCUAAUGGGUGAAAUAGAAUAUCAAACCUUCAUCUCACCUUGUGCCCCUAAAAUACGCCAUGAUACCUACCUGAUAGAUGAAAAGUUCCUUUUUGUUGCACUUAGGAUCCGAAGCAGUUAAGUUUUCUCUCCAGCCGCAGCUGUACUCUACAUUUACUCAACCUGUACCCAUAAUUGAAAUGUAUUCUCACCUUAAAUCUAUAAGAAUAGAAGUAACGACCUGGUUGAAAAUGCAGCUUCCCUCCCAUCAACACCACUCACCAACAGGAUACAGUCAGCUCUGAAGGUGCUGGAAACAAUAUCAUUUAGAGUUUUUUCAUAUUAUUUUGAUCUAAUGGGCUUUAUUUUACAACAAUUCUAUGUUUAUAUUUCUGCCAAAUGUACACAACUUACCUUUUGUUUCUGUCCUUUUUGUCAGUGUGUGUGCGAUGUUUGCACUUCCAUCGUUGCACAUUAACAUUUCAUCUGUACUCUCCCCGUGUUGCUACUGACAGACAAUAAUACGACAUCCAAAAGAAGAGUAGAUUGAAAAUGUAACUGAACAUAAUUCAGGUCGUUCUAGAUCAUUUAUACACAAGAUAAGUCCUGCAGCUUUUUAACUGAUUAUGUGAUAACGUGAAUCCAUCGUUGCUCAAUAGCCACAUUACAUCAUCAGUUAGAAAUGGUUGUCAUAACAACGGUUUAGAAAUACAUUAUAAACUAAUUUAGAGGGACAUUUCAUUUGCUUUUGAAAAGCUAUGACGCUAUCUGUCACGUCUCCAUUGUGAACCUGGGUUUUAGUCUUUCCCAGUGUAGCUCCCAGCUGGACCAGGUGCUCCAGUAACACAUGAGUGGUGGGUUUUUCCACUCUGCACUGUCCUUUGUCUAUUUGGCAGAUCAGUUAUGUUAAUGUUCAUGUACACAUCACAGGUGCACUUGUACAUGUUCACGUUCCCUGCCUGCGUUUGAAUGGUUGGUAAGAUCUUGCUGCGUUCAGGGAUGAGAACACAGAAAGAAAGAUGUCUCUUUUUGUAAACGAACAGGAAUUGUCCUCAAAGUUAAGAGAAAAGGAAAAUAUCAAACAUGCUGGUAGGUCAUUUUAAACAGAAGAUUUAUGCUUUCGUCAAUUCACUGAUUCUUCUAGAAGUCUGUCCAGGGCUGAAUGUUUCCACACUUCUUCCAAUCCUGUGCUUCUGCCUCGUUGUCCUCUUUAACCACUUAUCUCACAUCCACACUGUUUGCACCUCCGUCAAUUCGACGCUUUCCACCACCCAUGUAGACAUCCACUUGCUCUUCCCAGGUGUUUGGCUGAAAGAGGGGUGAGACACUGUCAGUCCUGUCCAUUCAUUCAUGUGUAUGGGUAUAAAUUUAUAAUAUGCCGUGCAUUCUGUACAGGUAAAGUUAAUGGGAUGUCGUGGAGAUACCAUCAUGUACAGCACGUGUGCAGAGUGAGCCACUAGUGUAACAGAAAAUCGGUGAGUUGGUUCAUAAAAAAUGUUUUAUGUUGUAGAAAGUAAUGUUUGCAUGGUGUACCCUAUCAGAUGUGCUUUAUUUAUUAAAUUUGUGUUUAAAAGAAAAAGUGGAAAUAAAAUUGACAUAAAUAAAA